AGACAGUUUUAACGGAGUGAGUCUGGAGGAAAAGCUGCUGUGAAAAUGUCUAAAGUCCAGAACGAGGAGGAAGUUUGUGGACAACGCAAACUGCUGGACGCUGUUUUCCAGCCUGAUGUCCGGCUGCACAGAGCAGAUGUCCAGCUGCUGUUGAGUAAAGAUGAUCACCCUGAGCAGCAGGACUGGAGCCCCAGUCUGGACCAGGAGGACCCACCAGAGCCCCCACAGAUUAAAGAGGAACAGGAGGAACUCUGGACCUGUCAGCAGGGAGAGCAGCUUCGAGGGCUGGAGGAGGCCGAUAUCACCAAGUUCACAUUCACUCCUGUCCCUGUGAAGAGUGAAGAAGACGAUGAAGAGAAACCUCAGUCCUCACAGCUUCAUCAAAGACUCACUGAACAGAUGAAAACAGAAGCUGAUGGAGAGGACUGUGGAGGACCAGAACCAGCCAGGAACCCAGAUCCAGAUAGACAUUUACAUCCAGCUACUCAGGACAAGACGUCAGACUCCUCUGAACCUGAGACUGAUGACAGCUGUGAUUGGGUGGAGACCAGGGAGCCUCAGUCAGGUUUAAACCCUCUGCAAAACAAGGAAGUACCUGUAAGUGAUCAGGAAUGUAAUACUGGAAAAACAUCAAGUAGCUCCUCUGAAUGUGCUACAAGCUCUGGCCACGAGGGACAUCUGCAGGAACUCAAUGGAAUCCAAACAGGAGAGAAACCAUUUAGUUGCUCACUUUGUAAAAAAACGUUUCAACGGAGAGUAGAGGCUGUGAGGCACGAGAGAAUCCACACAGGGGAGAAACCCUUCAUUUGUUCUGUUUGUGGUAAAGGAUUUCCACAAAGAUCAACUUUGACCAAACACCUAAGAGUUCAUACAGGAGAAAAACCUUUCAGUUGCUCACUUUGUAAAACAAGUUUCUGUCUCAGACACAACUUGUACCAACACAUGAGAUUGCAUACCGGGGAGAAACCAUUUAGUUGUUCAGUUUGUGGUAAAGCAUUCGCACGAAAGGCAGAUCUGACAAAACACUUGACUGUCCACACAGGGGAGAAACCAUUUAGUUGCGGCGUUUGUGAUAAAAGAUUCACUCGGCGUCAUCUCUUAAAAAAACACAAGUGUGUUGGUGAGAGCAGAGGAGCAACCUUUGGCCACAAGGGACAUCUGCAGCAACGCAAUGGAAUCCAAACCGAAGAGAAACCAUUUAGUUGCUCAGUUUGUGGUAAAAGAUACCCCGGGAAGAACUCCUUAAUGACUCAUAUGAGACUUCAUUCAGAAGGAAAAUGUUUCAGCUGCUCAGUCUGUAAAAAAACUUUUCCAUGGAGAGGAGGUGUUGUGAGGCACAUGAGAAUCCACACAGGGGAGAAACCCUUCAGUUGUUCUGUCUGUAGUAAAGGAUUUGCACGAAAGGAAGAUCUGAGACGACAUUCGACUGUCCACACAGGGGAGAAACCCUUCAGUUGUUCUGUCUGUGGUAAAGGAUUUGCACACAGCUCAACUUUGACCUCACACUUUAGAGUUCAUACAGGAGAAAAACCUUUCACAUGCUCAGUUUGUAAAACAAGUUUUGGUGACAGAAGCAAUUUGUCCAAACACAUGAGAAUCCACACAGGGGAGAAACCCUUCAGUUGUUCAGUUUGUGGUAAAGGAUUUGUAGAUAAGGGAAAUCUGACACAACACUUGACUAUCCACACAGGUGAGAAACCAUUUAGUUGCAGCGUCUGUGAUAAAAGAUUCACUCGGCUUCAUAUUUUCAAAAACCACAAGUGUGCUGGUGAGAGCAGCGGAAGUAAAAGAAGCUGCAGAGAUGCUCGUUGAACUAAUUCCGUCCAGCAGGAUUGAAGUACCGAGGACAAGACUUGGUUCAACACUGAUCAGUACAAAACUGAUACAGAUGCCAAAAUAAGUCGUGCUUCAUCUUUUCAGUUAGGAUGAAGCCACGUAGUCAUUUUAAUUCUGUUUUUAUUUGUGUCUACAUUAUUUGGUCGUUUUCCAGGAACUGUGCUUUUUUGGAAUUACCUGUAUUCUAAUUCAAUGGACUCUCCUCUCUGUUGAAUUGAUUUCUCAUUAUGUGUAAAACAUAAACAGUUCAUUCUAAAACUGCUCAUACUGUAUUUCUGUCAAAUUAAAUCACACGUCUUUUGACAAACUUUGAUUAGACACACAGGACAGCUGUUGUGUUGGACUUACCCAGUUGCCAUAUGGUAAAUGGACUCUACUUAUAUAGCACCAUUUUCCUAAUCUUUCUGCAUAUCACUCCAUUCAACUGCUCAUCAGUUGAAAGAAACUAAUUAUUCAUAGACCGAGGGCAGCAACUUGGGGUUCAGUGUCUUGCCCACGGACACUUCAACAUGUGGGCUGGAGGAAGCUGGGAUCGAACCGCCGACCUUCCGAUUGGUGGAUGAUCUGCGCAACCACUAAACCACAGUUGCCCCGUAUGUAUGCUGAGAGAGUUGUUGGUUGUAAUCAUUCUUCAACUGGGUAUCUCCGUCCCGGGACUCGUGUGGAUGUUUAUUGCAGCUGUUUUGUGGCGGCAACAAACGUCCAAGUGACCACCAAGACAUAUCCCUCCGCCCCGGCUGAGCAAGGAAACAGUCUGUGGAAACAUAAAGAGGGAGUUCUGUAGAAAAAAGACGAAGUUUGGAAGAUCCCCACUUGAUUUGUCUAACUCAGACUGCUGAAGCCUCAGAUUAACUUCCCCUGAACUGAACUCAAUGCAUUUGUUCGAGUUACCAUCAGGUCUUUUCGGAUCGGGUCAUAAAAUUGAUUUAAUUUUAGACCGGGUCCAAACUUUUGGAUCUAUGAAGACCUCUUUAGACUCUCUUCAACCAGCAGUAGCUGUUUCUACAUGUGCUUAUCUGUAAAAUGUCACUGAGAUAAAUGUAAAAUGAUGUGUUGCUCUCCACCGCUCACUAACAUCAUUGAUUCAAACUUGUGCCUGCAGCUUUAUUUAGUAGCUUUAUGGUUCAUGCGUCUUUAUUUCACUAUUUCACUUUCGCUAAACAUUUACCUUAAUCAUCACCUAGAAGUCAUUUGUAAGAAAUAAGUAAACGCUAACUUAUCAUUAACAAACAAGUUUCUCUGCAGAACAUCUCCUUCCUACCAGGUCGUUACAGUCUGUAAAGUCUUCCAGUGAACGAAGAAUAUCUGACUUGUUUCCAGUGUUAUUUUUCUUGAUUUCAGCGCAGCGACAUGCCUUCUGUCUUGUUUCAGGAUAAAGAUUCAUUUUGAGAAGAUUUUUGGAACAAGUUUUUUUUUUUUUUUCACACUGGAAAGUGGUUAUAAUAUUCUCAUGGUUUAAACAUACAAGCAUGUUUUCAUUUGUGUUAAGAAAAUGUUUUUUAAACCUCAAGAACGGGCAUAAAUGAGUAAAUAUAAUGUUUUUAAUUGAUUUAGUUGAUUUAUGAUAUGAAUCCAUUGUAAACUUUUUGUAAACCAUUAAAAGUUACUAAUAAAAAUGUGUAAUGCUUUAA